UCAUAGUAGCGGUGGAACUUCACCGGUCGUGAUGGUUCGAAGAGCGUUGCAGCCUUCGCAAAGUGUAAGCGAAACAGCGUGCUGAAAAUUCUCUGUAUUGGAACGGACCGUUAUCAUUGAUGAUGGAAAUGAUUCUUCUGAAGUUUGGUUCAAAGACUGUUGUUAUUUAUAUUGCCGCUUCUAAUAUUAUUGGGUAGAAGAACUCUAGAAACAGUGAAGAACGGGAUAACCAGCAUGACAUAGUAUUUUAGUUAGCCUGAUAUGGGGCCACAUCCCGAAGUGCCUGUCGACGUCCAGAAGUACAUCGGAUCAUGCCUCAUCGCACAGCAGCCCAGAUCUAAAAGAAAACCCUGUCCUAGAGGACAGCAUCAAGCAAAAGAUGGAGGUGGAAACGUUCGCUGCUGUGGAUACACUGUACCACAAUGCAGUCGUUGCUGUAGCUCGGCCAUUCAGUGUCCAGGCUACAAUGGCAUCAAUAACUACGCGUGGACAGGUGUGCCUUUAAUAAGUGUCGCUCGUCAGAGCAAGAACCUUCUCCAUCAUCCUGGAAAAAGCCGAGUGCAAAAUAGAAAUUGCAGUGGCAAAACGCAGGAUUAUUCUGUUCCACGCGUGGAUUCGCCUGUCGAUUCUAAUAACUUGGAGGAAAUUUUACCAAUUUCUAGACUUGCUAUUCACGCUCAAGGUGCGCCUCUGAUAUUGUCACCCAAAGACGGCGAGAAAUGUAGCAAAGACGGCGAUGGCUUUCCUACUACUGCACCAUUUAAAGGUCGCGAUUUCUAUUUAAGUGAAGGAGGAGGCAACAACAGGUUGUAUAUGCUUGUGUCUGGUUGCCCCGAAGAGGGACAGACUCGAUCGCUGAGUGUUGAAAGGAUGGGGUGUUUUACGGAAGACGAAUCUGAUCUUGUAAUGGCUAAUUCGUCACGAAGAAUAUCUUCAUCACCGUCCCAGAGUGACUGCAUUAGUACAACUUCAGAAGACUCGGGGACCUCCGAAAACGGACUCCCCAGGAUUAUUAAACCAAGGAAGAGGCGCAAAAAAGAUAGACGUGCGAGCGAAAGCGAUGGCUGCAACGCUAGAAGUAGAGCACUAGAAGAUGUCACUGGUACCAUCGUGACUUUAAAACCAUAUCUGCCGUUAUGUUAUCGAUAUAAUAGAAAUGGAAUCAAUAUGUUUCCAUCGCCUCCUAGAUCCCCAGUAACAGUGUCUGACUACCAACCCUGUGAUACCAUAAUAAUUAAUGACAAGAGAUGGAGAACCGGUACGUAUCCUUACCCUCCAUCGACUCGCUGUGCAUGUGCCUAUUGUAUGCCGCCACCUUCAACCUUUUUGACUCCGCCGGACUCACCGGUGGAUGUCUCCGAAAAUGGUUUGGCCAUGGCUAUCAUCAGGCGAAAUGGAGGAGAACGUGGAUCACUGGAUAAUAAUCGGAUCAUCGGGAGAGCGAUGAGAUGUCUAUCCAUGGGCAGCUCGGAUGAUGAUUCUAACAUAGGAUUUGAAGAUAGUGUCAUUAGGGGACAAAACACUCUUGUUCUCACAUCAUCACGUCCCCCACAGAGGCCAUGGAUUUAUAUGGCUAAUAAAGAUCAACAGUCCUCUUGUGUAUUCACAGUCAUGUGCUACAAUAUUCUCUGUGAUAAAUAUGCUACCCGUCAGAUGUAUGGAUAUUGCCCAAAUUGGGCUUUAGAUUGGACCUAUAGGAAGACUCAUAUACUCCAAGAAAUUUUACAUUACAAAGCUGAUAUAAUAUCCCUACAGGAGGUAGAGACAGAGCAUUUUUAUAAGUACUUUUUACCAGAACUAAAAAAGGAAGGCUAUGAUGGAAUUUUUUCACCAAAAUCAAGGGCAAAAACUAUGUCAGAAUGUGAGAGGAAACAUGUUGAUGGAUAUGCUAUCUUCUAUAAAAGCAACAAAUUUAUUUUGCUCAAGGAACAUCUGGUGGAAUUCAAUCAGCUCGCAAUGGCAAAUGCAGAAGGUUCAGAUGAUAUGCUGAAUAGAGUUAUGACAAAAGAUAAUAUAGGUUUAGCUGCUCUUCUUCAAACUAAAAGGGGAGCAUAUCAAAAUGAGUUAACCCAAGCAAGCCAAACAUUAUUAGUCUGCACAGCACAUAUUCAUUGGGACCCCGAGUAUUCUGAUGUUAAAUUAAUUCAAACUAUGAUGCUUAUGCAUGAAUUGAAGACAUUUGUUGAUGAUAUCCUCCAGAAGUGUAAUAUUCCAGAUUCACAAAAGAUGGACCCUAAUAUAAUUCCCUUGCUUCUAUGUGGAGAUUUCAAUUCACUGCCAGACUCAGGUGUUAUUGAGUACCUUUCAUCGGGUCGUGUGUCAACAUCUCAUUGUGACUUCAAGGAAUUUGUUUACAAGGACUGUUUAAGUAAACUUGGUAACUCAUCAAAAACUAAUGAAUUUACCCAUCCAUUUCAAAUAUCAAGAGCUUACAGUGAUGGCAUCAUGCCAUUUACAAAUUACUCGUACGACUUCAAAGGUGUCAUAGACUAUGUCUUUUACUCCAAGUUGCACAUGUCUGUCCUUGGUGUCUUGGGACCUAUUGAUUCUGCUUGGCUUGAAGAAAACCGAAUCCAAGGCUGUCCACAUCCUCAUGUCCCUUCGGAUCAUUUUCCCAUUGUAGUGGAACUGCAGCUUAAGCCAACCAUGCCCCUACAUCCUCCCCCACCCAAUGGUGUCAGCUUGCAUAGGUAGCAGUUCAUCUGAGAAAGCAGUGAGAUUUCAUUCAUAGACUGCUCUACCAUUGCACAAUGUUUUUCCAUUUUUUUUGUUUUCAGGGAUAAAAUCUACAAGCAGGUCUUUUUGGUAAUAGAUGACGAUGUAUGAGCAAAUGCUAUUUCAGACUUUCAAACUGCUACAUCAUACAGGUUUUGAAAGAUGACUACUGGAGAUUUAUUUACUCCUCGAUUCUUUGUAAAUGAUGUAAUUAAUGACGACUUUUGAAAAAAGAUGAAAAUAUAAGGUGUGAUAUUUUUUCAACACCAUCUAGCAUGCAUAUAAAACCUUUAGACCAAUCGUGGCAUGUACAGUCGAUUUUAAAAAUUACAACUUUGAAGUCGAAGUUGGAAAGAGAUAGUAAUUUUUUAAACAAACAUCAUUUUUGUAAGCUAUUUCAGUGAUAGAACUAUUAAUUGUAGCAGUAUUUUUAAACUUUACUGUCUACUUAUAUUUCUCAAGUAAAGAAAUUUUUAAGAAUCUACUUUUAAAAAGGAAUUAAUUUAAACUUUUGAUGAUUGUGUCAUUUAAUAGUGUGUGACUUCAGAACAAAAAAUCCUGUUUUAUUUCAGAGAAUAUUAGACUUAAAACAUUCAGUAUUAGUCUCUUCAAGUAUUCCUUAAUAUCCAGACUUAAAUAAGACUUAAAUAUCACCGUUAUGUUUCUUGCACUUUUGUUACACUCAAGUUGUUUUUAUUUUAAAUUUUUUUUUAACUUAAGAAAUAUUUAUCAUUAAAACUAGAUGAUUAUGUAAUUUUAGAUAAUUUUAAGAUAAUUACUGUUAUUGAUUAAGCAAUAGUUACAAAUUUUGUCGGUUUCACAUUAAUUUAUAUUGCAUGUAAAACUUAACAAACUCUUGCAAUAUUACCAUGUUACCUUUGUUCAGUUUAUCAAUUAUAAUAUGCAUUUAUUGUUUAGCUGUGAUAUUAAGUACAUUGUCAGUUAGCUUGAAAAAGCAAUGUUUAUGAUCAUUAGCAAAAGAUGCGCAUUUCAUUUUCUUACGAGGCUGCUCUUUUUACAUGGUUUUUAGCUUAUGAAUUCUUUAACUAUUCGGGUUUUUACUAUUUUCCCAGUCUUAAAUCAAGAAAUGAAUAUGUGUAUCUUUUGCUUAUUUGUGAUUUUGUGUGUUUUGUAUUGAUUUGAAAUUUGUUGAUUGUCUUUAAAUUAGAUAAUCGUAUUUUUCUUUUAUAAUCUUGAAAAAUGAAGUGUUGGAAAAGCUUCACUUUGUAAAUAAAUAAUAUGAUAAAUAAAUAAUAAAUUUCUUAUAAAUUAUUUUUAUUUAGAAUUUUUGCUUUAUUGUAAUGUUUAGUGUAAGCAUAAAUUAUUUUUAGUUAUCAUUUAAAAAUGUUCAAAAAUUAUCCAGAUCUCUGUUUCAACUUCAACUUUUAUUUUGUCAUAUAGAAUAUCAAUGUUGCACUUUAGAUUUAAAUGUUCAUAUGUUGUAACUUUCCAGCACUCUGUCAUUGGUGUUUAAAUAUCUGGAUUCGUAUUUAAAAGUUUAAAAAAAAAAAAAAAAAAAAAAAUCAAUGCUGUAAUAAUUUUUUUGGUGUAUUUUGGUAAAAUUUGGAAAACUCGUGUUCUGGGACAAGACAAAUGAAAUCUGAUUUCAGAAACUUGCAUGUUUUGUCUCUAUUUUUAGUUCCUACUUAAGGGCUUAUGUUUUUUAAUUUCGUUUGGUUGUUAGCUGGGUUAGGGUCCCUUGCUCCUCUGGAGGAUGUUAUAAAUAAAUGUCAGAUUCAUGAUUCCUUUUAUUUUUUCAUUAAUUGUGGUGUAAGUUUACUAAUUUUAUCAUUAGUUUUACUAAUUUUGAACCUGUGUGUUAGUAACAUUUGUUCAUUGUCAUAAUUUGCAAGAAAGCUUUGCUGUAAAUCUUGUAUUAUUCACAUUGUUUGGGAAUUUUAUUGGACAACAAUUAAAAACGUUUUUUGCAUACAUGGCAUAAAAUCUGGUGUAUUAGAAUUUGAAUUGAAAAAGUAGUGGGUACUCUGUGUUAAAUUUUAAAGGGAAUAAAGUGAUUUUUUUUAUGUGUGUGGAAUAAACUUGAGAUUUAAUCCUAGUUUGAUUUUCCACUGUGGUUCUUCUAGUUGAACUAACUGUUCUGAAUGUCUUGUUUUAAAUGUGAUUUUUUAUAGAUUUAGAAUUGGCUAGUGAGGGGGAAAGCUUAACUAGUUUUUAAUGUUUUUUGUUUUAUAUGUGUUAUGUGUUCAUGCUGAUUUCUUAAUGUAAAAUACCUUUUCCCUUCAUUUUUUGUCACUAUGUUCAUACCAAUAGUCAACUGACAUGAACUUUCUUUGUCCUUUUAAAAAUCAGAUAUUUGAUGAAUGUUUUUGUUGAAUUGAUUGAAAUGUUAAUUUUUCAUUCAUCCAAAUGUGAUCAUUUUUCAUGAUCUGUAUAGAAAUUAUCUGUACAUUUUAAGAGUAGUACGUGUAUUACAUUCUAAUCAAUGUGAACAAAAAUAAAGAAAUCCUUUUCGUCUGUCCUA